AUGGCCGCGCACGCGGCAUCGCGAACAUCUCACGCACCCUUCGCGAAGGUCGAAGGAGAAAUCUCCACUGGCGUGCGGCACACACGUGUCUCGAUCCACGGCAGCGACGACACGCGUACGGUACCGCUCGUUGCUGCCAACCUCGGCCAAGUGGGUCGCGUUCCAGUGUCCGCGACGGCGCUCGCGCUCGGCGAUGGCGCACCCGCCCUUGCCUUCAUCGCCGUCUUUGCCGGCUCUGGCGUCGCGCGCGCCUCCGCCCGCGUUCGCUCGCGCGUCUCCCCCGCUCCGUCCGUGUGCUUCGGCCCCAUCGGUGCGGGGCUCUCGCUGCGUCUACCGUCGUCUCACUCACCUCCCACGUCCCCGCCCACGAUGGAGCAGAUAGCGCCUCGAGACAUGCAGGCGGCGACCCGGCUCGUGUCCCAGACUUCAAGGCCUCACAUGCACAUCCGGCCGACGAUGGCCCUGCAACGCCGCUACCUCUUCGAGGCGCAGCGCACGUUCCGGUUCGGGCGCAACCCCCACCGUCUCAAUGACGUGGUGCUCGACAAUGGCUCGCGGGCGAUCAGCCUCGUCUCUGGCGGAGACUUGCUCGAAGGUAUCACCAACGCAGACCGCGGGCUGCGGGCCGAGACGCAGCGGAUCACCUACCGGAUCUACGGAGUCCUUUCCCGCGUGCACGAUCAAGGAAUCAUUCACCGCGACCUGAAGCUCGAGAACAUUGUCCUGAAGGACCAGUACCCGCCGACUGGGGGCUGGCGAAGACGAUGGGUUCCAGACGAUCCUCAAGACGUUCUGCGGAACCUCGCGCCGGAAGUGGCCGUUCACGACGUUCCCCACACAGGAAGGGUGUGGUCGAAUGUGGUACAGCUGGACGUGAUAGUCUUUGCCGUGUGCGUCCGUCCGAGCGCCGCGAUCGACCCAACGCCGGCCGCGCGCUGGUCAGUCCCUAUCCUCAGGCUCACGCAGCGCACCCCGUUCGACGCAGACCUACCGAGCACACCAUCAUCAUUACCCGCCAGGUGCAGUGGAUGCUUCUGUACGAGUGGGACGCCAGCGAGCAGGCCCAUCCGCGCGCUCCUCGCGUCUUCCUCGAGCGAGCGCAUGUCGCUCGUGCUGAACCACCCUUGGCUCGCGACCUAUGUGGAAUUCGAAGGCGCGCCACAGCCGCUCCCCGCGACCCCGCCCGUGCUCCACACCGCGUCGCUCCAGGCCCUCCCCUCCGCCCCCUCCAUCGCGGACGGCGCGCGCGCCGCGGAGCACGCGCACACCCCUCCGCCCGCCGUCUCGCUGAUGGGCCUGUGA